AUGACUGAUUUGGAUAUGGAGAAGCAGCACAAAUUCUGGAACACCCAACCGGUUGUCCAGGAGAAAGAGAAGCCAAAAGAUGCUGGUGUCAUUGAUACAUGCAAUGAUGUCUCAAAAGUUCCAAAAGAUCCACUUCCACUUCCAAAAGGCUUCUCCUGGGUCUUAGUAGAUACUAAAAACCCAGAGCAGCGUGCUGAACUCUAUGAUUUCUUAUGCAAGCACUACGUUAUUCAUCCAAACAACACCUUCCAAUUCGCAUAUUCCGAGGAAUUCUUAGAUUGGGCUCUUCAUCCACCAGGUUGGCUCCCAGAUUGGCACAUUGGUGUUCGCCAUGCAUCUGGAAAAUUAGUCGGAUUCAUCUCUGCCACACCAAUUACAGUUCGUAUUCAAAAGAAAGUUAUCGAUGAUGAUGGCAGCCAUCAUUUCGAGAUCGACACACGUAACAUCGUUGCUGUCGACUUCCUUUCCGUCCACAACGAGCUUCGUGGCAAGAGCCUUGCUCCAGUUUUGAUCCAAGAAGUCACUCGUCGUGUUCAUCUUCAAGGCAUCUUCGAAGCCAUUUUCACAGCCGGCAAGAACCUUACACUACCAUUCACAACAGCUCAAUACCACCACCGCUUCUUAAAUUACGAGAAAUUAGUUGAAAUCAAGUUCACAGCUCGCCAUCCAGGCCAAGACAUCAAGAAAGCUGGUCGCCAGUACAACCUUUCCCCAAUUACAUUCGCAGGUGGCGAAUUCAGAGAGAUGAGACCAGAAGAUGUUCCACAAGUCACAGAAAAGCUCAACAAGUACCUCGAACAGUACAAGAUCGCUCAAGUCUUCUCACAGGAAGAGGUCGCCCACAACUUCUUACCAAGAAAGAACAUCGUUGGUUCAUAUGUUCUCGUAGAAAAUGAUCAGAUCACAAACUUCUUCUCAUUCUACAUUGUUCCAUCAACCGUCAAAGAUUGCGUUAAAUACAAUAGCUACACAGCAGCUUACGUCUACUACUACUUCUGCACAAAGUCUCAAUUCACAGAUAUCGCCAAGGCUGCAAUGUACAAGGCCAAGGAGGACUACCAGGCUGAUGUAUUCAACUGCCUCGAUAUCCUCGAGAACAAGGACUUGCUCAACGUUUGCAAGUUCGUUCCAGGAGAUGGAAAGCUUAACUACUACCUCUUCAACUACAGAGUACCAGCUAUCGAGAAGGAAAGUUGUGGUGUCGUUCUUCUCUAA